CCCACCCGCCGAGUCCUCAGUUCCUCGCGGGUGUCCGCGAACCCCGCACCCCGUGGCCUCUGUCCCCGCUCCGUGUCCGCCUUUCCCCCUCCGUGCCGCCAUGCCGGGCUCGCCCUGCGGGCUCCUGCUCGACUACAAGACGGCCAAGUUCUCCCUGACGCGAAACCGGCGGGUGGGGCUCCUGCACCGGCUGCUGCAGCUGAGCGCGCUGGGCUACCUGCUGGGGUGGGUGCUGCUGCUGCGGAAGGGGUACCAGGAGCGCGACGCGGCCCCGCGUGUCGCCGUGGUCACCAAGGUGAAGGGGGCGGCUCCCGCCGGGGCCGCGGGCCGGCGGCUCUGGGACGCGGCGGAUCUCACCUGGCCCCCGCAGGGAGAAAAUGUGCUUUUUCUGGUGACCAAUUUCAUUGCCACAGCCCAGCAGGCCCAGGGCACCUGUCCCGAGAGCCCCUCUGUCCUUGACGCGAUGUGCACAGAAGAUGCAGAUUGUCCCAUGGGAAACCCUGUGGUUCAUGGCAAUGGGAUAAAAACUGGGAAAUGUGUGAUAUUCAAUGCCACCCGUUCCACCUGUGAGAUCUAUGGCUGGUGUCCUGUGGAGAACAGUACCCUGCCCAGGAAACCUCUUCUGGCUGAGGCGGAGAAUUUCACUCUCUUUAUAAAAAACACUGUCCACUUCACCAAAUUUAACUUCUCCAAGUGCAACACUUUGCAAACCAGUGACCCCAGCUAUUUCAAGAGCUGCACAUAUGAUCCAGUCUUCAAUCCCUCCUGUCCUGUGUUCCGUGUACGUAACAUGGUGGAGGCAGCUGGAGAGCACUUCGGAGACCUCGCACUGCUGGGGGGGAGCAUUGGAGUUCUCAUCAAGUGGGACUGCAACCUUGACCACCCUGCUGCCCAGUGCCAGCCACAGUAUUUCUUCAGCCUGCAGGACACAAGGUACAAUUUCAGAACUGCCUCUUACUACUGGGGCUCCCAGCGGCAGCUCUACCGGAACCUACUGAAGCUUUACGGCCUCCGCUUCGACAUCUCCGUGCACGGCCAGGCUGGGAAGUUCAGCAUCAUUCCUACUGCCGUGAGCUUCGGCACAAGCAUUGCCUUCUUUGGUGCUGUGAGUACUCCAGACACGCUCUUUUCCUUCAAUCCAUGGCUUGGGAUUUGCCACUCAUCAGUUGUUUCCCUGCCUGCCUGGGCACAAGGCUUCCUGGGUGCCAGUCAGCGUGAACAGGAGAUGGUCUGGCAGGGUGUCAGCUCCCGUUUCCCUGUGACCAUUAGCAGUAAUGACAGCACUGGGAUCCUGAGCACUGUCAGGGUCAUGUCUCGUGGAGGCCAGGUGUUUGUGUGGGCCCUGGGAAGGAACAUCACUGGGAUGCUGCUGGCAGGGGAGAGCAGCUCCUCUCUCUGCUUCUCUCCUGACUCUAAAGUGACCUGGUGUCCUGUCACCAGAUGGGGCAGCUCCUCAUAGAGCCCUUACAUGGCUUGUCCUUUCCAGCAGGUAACUGGAAGGGAGCCUGAGGUCCCCCACCUACCCCCUCUUUCGUCCCUAACAUGCUCAUCCCAGUCCAUACACAGCUGUGAGGGCACUGGAAGAGCACUCCCUGUGUCCAUCCAUUGCAGCCCAGGUGAUCCUGUCUGACCUCCUGUGCAGCUCAUGGGAGCCUGCUGGGUCAGAGAGGAGCCAUUGGAGUUGGCAGGUGACCUGGCCGGAGGCAGGGCCGGCUCGCUGCCCUCAGCACUGGCCCACAGCCAGCUGCGGGACUCAGUGGGAGCCAGGGUGGAGGGCUAGACAUUCCAGCGGGAAGUUUCCCUGCGUACAGUCUUCAACAUCUGUCUGUCUCCAGGCUACAGUGGUCUGUGACCUAGUUCUGCUCUACCUGGAUGCAAAGGCUGACCUGUAUUGGAAGGAGAAGUUUGAGGAGGUAAGGGUGGGACCACAUGGGAGAGAGAAGGUUGGA